GCCCCAGCACAGAUUCGACAUUGGAUGUCCGACGAAAUCUUCCCUGUUCUUAUCGAGCUGCCAGAUAUCUCUCCAGGCGAAGAGGAAUCACGGAUCAUUCACGAGCUUGGAGCACUUUGGGACUUUCAUCCUCUUCAAUAUCUCGACAACACAUGCAUACAACUAGCCUUGCGGGAACUCUCGUGGCUGCAUGACGAAAAGUGGAGGCUCAUCGAGCGACUCAAUAACUGUCCAUUCGAGCUCCGAGUCCUGAAUGACAUUGGCUGCCUCGACAUCGAUCGGCUCUCCAUCACUGGUCUGCAUGGCCACGAGCAACCCGCACGGCAACCUUUGACGACUCGCCCUGGAGCAUACCAUCUCGACGAGAAUCAAUCCAUCGGAGGAAACAGGCCGCUUGAGGAGAAAAAAUCCUCCAGGGCAAAGAGCCAACUUGACUGUUACAACAAGCGAUGGAAGGAAAUACAAGCACAGUCAGCGGAGGUAUCGACUGCAUUAUCUCCGUCAGCGUCACCAGCGAUACCAUGGCCAAAAGCUUCCCCUCUCCACAGAAACCAAUUCCAGGCCGGGCCCAAUGCAGGAAACGCCACGGCGGAGACACUGUCCUGGAAAUGGAGUACCCAUGCGUUCUUUGUAGAAGCAUUUGGUCUCCGCCCAAUUGUCGAAACAGACGAGAACAACGAGACGAUGUUUAGUUUCACAAGUGACCAUGAUGGGUGGAAGAGUGUUGAGAGAUUGAAGGGGCUUCGUCGUCAGAUGAAACUUGAGAAGGUGAGAUGACACGAAGAUAAAAUGAAGGCGAUUUUUGGUCCAGCUGCUGCCACACAGGAACGGGUCAAAGCCGUCUGGAGCGCUGUGAUCAACUUGAGAGAUCAGAUUGGACAAGAACUGGAGGCUUUGCAGGACUUUGCAACGCUGUCAUCAAAUUGAGAGAUGGGAUUGAACGGGAGUUGGAGGCCUUGCAGAACUUUGACGCACAGUCUGUUACCGGCUCACUAUUUCGUAUUUAUCACACAGUUUCUCUCAUAAAACGAAUGAAC